AUGGCUUCAAGAUUCAACCAGCGCGACUCGCGCAACGCCCUCUUCGCCUCCUACGACUCGCAGGCCCGCUCCCGACCCUCCUCCGCCGCCUCAUCGUCUCCCGCUCCCCCGCGAUCCUCCUCGCGAAACCCUCCUUAUGGCGCAUCCCCUUAUGGUGUUGCCAGUAACGACUCGUAUGCACCCGCUGGCGCUGCUUUUAGCGCAUACCCAGGAGCGAACGGCGAUGUGAAUGGAAGAAGGAGCAAUGAUGGAGGUUUCAGAUCCGCUACCCCGAACAACAGAGGCCAGUACAGCGACGCUGUGUUGAGCGAGUUGGAAAGCCAGAAUGAUGAUCAGGCGAGUGAAAUGAGCAAGAAGGUCAAAAUGUUGAAAGAUCUCACAAUAUCCAUCGGAGACGAGAUCAGGGACAGCAGCGGAAUGAUCGACAAGAUGAACGAAAGCUUCGAAGGGACGAGAAACCGAUUACGAGGGACCAUGAACCACAUGCUCAGGAUGGCCGAACGCUCAGGCAUCCCCUGGAAAGUCUGGCUGGGCUUCUUCUUGUUCGUGUUCCUGCUGUUUGCAUACGUCUGGCUGUUUUGA